ACGUCAGCAGGCCGCGAGUUGUCCGCACUGCGACACGGAGCCGUGGCUUGCUCUCCGAACCCGGGUCGCUGGCGGGUAAGGUGGCUUCGUGGCCGCCUCACUUAGCGCCCGCGCCGCUGGGCGCGGGGGAGUCGAUUUGCACUGUUCCGGGUGUCGGCUUGGGCGGGACGGACGGUUCUGCCUACUCCUCCUCUCCAGUGUCAUCCUGGGGCUGAAUCUUCAACCUGUCAAAGCCUACUUAAUUACGUCUGAGAAAAGGAUCCUGAUUGAGUCAAUGCUUUACAUUGUCAGUCCUCUGCAUAAAGCUGAGAGAUGCCUACUGCUGAGAGUGAAGCAAAAGUAAAAACCAAAGUUCGCUUUGAAGAACUGCUUAAGACUCACAGUGACCUAACGCGUGAGAAGAAAAAACUGAAGAAAAAACUUGUCAAGUGUGGAGAAAACAUCUCAGUUUUAAGGCUGAGAAAGAAGUCCAAGGUCAAGGGUUCACAUUUGAUGAGAACCUUUUUGCUGCCUGACACUAUUAGAAGCAAUCCUCACUAUAUUAAAGAAACUACAAGUGAUGAUCCUGACACUGUUAGAAGCAAUCUUCCCCAUAUUAAAGAAACUACAAGUGAUGAUGUAAGUGCUACUAACACUAACAACCUGAAGAAGACCAUGAGAGUCGCUAAAAACAAAUUGAGGAACACACAGUCAGCAACUGAAAAUCCUAAUGAUGAUGUUAGUGUAGAGGAAGACAAACAAGGAAAGCCAAAUAAAAAGUUGGUAAAGACGGUGCUCCAGUUGACUACACAAGACAUGAAACUGGAAACUCCUGAGAAGGAAGUUGAUUCUACACACCAGAAAGCGCGUACAAAGCCACAGCCAGGCAUUGAUCAUCAGAAAAGUGAGAAGGCAAAUGAGGGAAGAGAAGAGAAUGAUUUAGAAGAGGACGAAGAACUGAUGCAAGCAUAUCAGCGCCAUGUAACUGAAGAAAUGGCAAAGGAGAUUAAGAAGAAAAUAAGAAAAAAACUGAAAGAACAGUUGACUUACUUUCCCUCAGAUACUUUAUUCCAUGAUGACAAAUCAAUCAGUGAAAAAAGGAAAAAGAAAAAGAAAGUUCCAGUCUUCUCUAAAGCUGAAACAAGUACAUUGACCAUCUCUGGUGACACAGUUGAAGGUGAACAAAAGAAGGAAUCUUCAGUUAGACCAGUUUCUUCAGAUUCUCAUCAAGAUGGUGAAAUAAGCUCAGUGGAACAAAACACAGAAGGCAGCAUGCAAGAUGACACAAAACCUAAACCAAAAAAACCAAAAAAGAAGGCUAAAGCAGUUACAGUUGAUAACGAAGAUGUUGAUGGUGAUGGUGUUCAUGAAAUAACAAGCCGAGAUAGCCCAGUCUAUCCCAAAUGUUUGCUUGAUGAUGACCUUGUCCUGGGAGUUUAUAUUCACCGAACUGAUAGACUUAAGUCAGAUUUUAUGAUUUCUCACCCAAUGGUAAAAAUUCAUGUGGUUGAUGAGCAUACUGGUCAACAUGUCAAGAAAGAUGAUAGUGAACGGCCUGUUUCAUCUUACUAUGAAAAGGAGAAUGUGGAUUAUAUUCUUCCUAUUAUGACCCAGCCAUUUGAUUUUAAACAGUUAAAAUCAAGACUUCCAGAGUGGGAAGAACAAAUUAUAUUUAAUGAAAAUUUUGCCUAUUUGCUUCGAGACUCUGAUGAGAGUCCUAAAGUCAUCCUGUUCUUUGAGAUUCUUGAUUUCUUAAGCAUGGAUGAAAUUAAGAAUAAUUCUGAGGUUCAAAACCAAGAAUGUGGCUUUCGGAAAAUUGCCUGGGCAUUUCUUAAGCUUCUGGGAGCCAAUGGAAAUGCAAACAUCAACUCAAAACUUCGUUUGCAGCUGUAUUACCCACCUGCUAAGCCUCGAUCCCAAUUAAAUGUUGUUGAGGUGUUUGAAUGGUGGUCAAAAUGUCCAAGAAAUCGUUACCCAUCAACACUGUAUGUAACUGUAAGAGGACUGAAAGUUCCAGACUGUAUAAAGCCAUCUUACCGCUCUAUGAUGGCUCUUCAGGAGGAAAAAGGUAAACCAGUGCAUUGUGAACAUCACCAUGAGUCAAGCUCAAUAGACGCAGAACCUGGAUUAGAAGAGUCAAAGGAAGUAAUAAAGUGGAAACGACUCCCUGGGCAGGCUUGCCGUAUCCCAAACAAACACCUCUUCUCACUAAAUGCAGGAGAGCGAGGAUGUUUUUGUCUUGAUUUCUCCCACAAUGGAAGGAUAUUAGCAGCAGCUUGUGCCAGCCGGGAUGGAUAUCCAAUUAUUUUAUAUGAAAUUCCUUCUGGACGUUUCAUGAGAGAAUUGUGUGGCCACCUCAAUAUCAUUUAUGAUCUUUCCUGGUCAAAAGAUGAUCGCUACAUCCUUACUUCAUCAUCUGAUGGCACUGCCAGGAUAUGGAAAAAUGAAAUAAACAAUACAAAUACUUUCAAAGUUUUACCUCAUCCUUCUUUUGUUUACACGGCUAAAUUCCAUCCAGCUGUAAGAGAGCUGGUAGUUACAGGAUGCUAUGAUUCCAUGAUACGGAUAUGGAAAGUUGAGAUGAGAGAGGAUUCUGCCAUGUUGGUCCGACAGUUUGACGUUCACAAAAGUUUUAUCAACUCACUUUGUUUUGAUACUGAAGGUCAUCAUAUGUAUUCAGGAGACUGUACAGGGGUGAUUGUUGUUUGGAAUACCUAUGUCAAGGUUAAUGAUUUGGAACAUUCAGUGCGCCACUGGACUAUAAAUAAGGAAAUUAAAGAAACUGAGUUUAAGGGGAUUCCAAUAAGUUAUAUGGAGGUUCAUCCCAAUGGAAAACGUUUGUUAAUUCAUACCAAAGACAGUACUUUGAGAAUUAUGGAUCUCCGGAUAUUAGUAGCAAGGAAAUUUGUAGGAGCAGCAAAUUAUCGGGAGAAGAUUCAUAGUACUUUGACUCCAUGUGGGACUUUUCUGUUUGCUGGAAGUGAGGAUGGUAUAGUGUAUGUUUGGAACCCAGAAACAGGAGAACAAGUAGCCAUGUAUUCUGACUUGCCGUUCAAGUCACCUGUUCGAGACAUUUCUUAUCAUCCAUUUGAAAAUAUGGUUGCAUUCUGUGCAUUUGGGCAAAAUGAGCCAAUUCUUCUGUAUAUUUAUGAUUUCCACGUUGCCCAGCAGGAGGCUGAAAUGUUCAAACGCUACAAUGGAACAUUUCCAUUACCUGGAAUACACCAAAGUCAAGAUGCCCUGUGUACAUGUCCAAAACUACCCCAUCAAGGCUCUUUUCAGAUUGAUGAAUUUGUCCACACUGAAAAUUCUUCAACAAAGAUGCAUCUAGUAAAACAGAGACUUGAAACUGUCACAGAGGUGAUACGAUCCUGUGCUGCAAAAGUCAACAAAGAUCUCUCAUUUACUUCACCACCAGCAGUCUCCUCACAACAGUCUAAGUUAAAGCAGUCAAACAUGCUGACCGCUCAAGAGAUUCUGCAUCAGUUUGGUUUCACUCAGACCGAAGGUCCAUUCACUUGUCUCCAACGUAUUGUCCCAACACCACGUAUUGGAAACUAUCUCUUCUUCUUCAUAUACCGGAUUAUCAGCAUAGGAAGAAAGCCUUGUAACCAUCAGGUAGAUACAGCACCAACGGUAGUGGCUCUUUAUGACUACACAGCGAAUCGAUCAGAUGAACUAACCAUCCAUCGCGGAGACAUUAUCCGAGUGUUUUUCAAAGAUAAUGAAGACUGGUGGUAUGGCAGCAUAGGAAAGGGACAGGAAGGUUAUUUUCCAGCUAAUCAUGUGGCUAGUGAAACACUGUAUCAAGAACUGCCUCCUGAGAUAAAGGAGCGAUCCCCGCCUUUAAGCCCUGAGGAAAAAACUAAAAUAGAAAAGUCUCCAGCUCCUCAAAAGCAAUCAAUCAAUAAGAACAAGUCCCAGGACUUCAGACUAGGCUCAGAAUCUAUGACACAUUCUGAAAUGAGCAAAGAACAGAGCCAUGAGGACCAAGGACACAUAAUGGAAACACAGGUGAGGAAGAACGAGCAAGCAGGCCAAAAAGUCACUCUAAGAGAGCCUGAUGUCUUGCCACAGAAGUAAACCUUCAGGAAAGAUCUAUUGGAUUGAAUGUCUUGUGGGUAAAGAAUUGAAGAAAAGUGAAGAGAUGCCCAAAUGCACAGAGGUGAAAAUGACAGAUUAAACCAAAUGGAAUUUCUCUUCAGAGUUCAGAAUUUUCACAUACUAAGGAGGAAGAAAGGAUCCACUACUUCUUGUUCUUAUGAAUGACUCUAGAAAAAUCAGAAUCAAGUUGUGGGCAGAAAAAUCAAUGUGACCUUUGAGCUCAAUUGUUAUAAACCAUUGCGAUUGUUGUUGGUCCAAGUAUUGGUACUUAUAUUGGUAGUAAUUGCAUCAUAGUUACAUUACCGGUGUUGGAAAACUCAUGAAGAAAACACUGUAAUUGCUACUCAGCAAAUGUGAAUAAAAGGUGUUUGCAUUAUUAGGAUGUCUGUUAAGUAAUCAUUUAAUAUUAUUAUAUCGGUAAUGUGGUUAUAUAUGUGGUGUUAUGCCCAGAAUAUGAAGUGUCUGCUUUUGAAAUUCACUUUAUUCAAAAGAGAAGCAGCUGGCUGGGCAUGGUGCCUCACACCUGUAAUCCCAGCACUUUAGGAGGCCAAGGGGGGUGGAUCACCUAAGGUCGGGAGUUCAAGACCAGCCUGACCGACAUGGUGAAACCCCGUCUCUACUAAAAAUACAAAAAUUAGCGGGGCGUCGUGGCAGGCGCCUGUAAUCCCAACUACUGAGGCAGGAGAAUCACCCAGGAGGCAGAGGUUGCAGUGAGCCGAGAUCAUGCCAUUGCACUCCAGCCUGGGCAACAGAGCAAACGUCUGUCUCCAAAAAACAAAAAAGAUAACCAGCUUUAGAAUAUGGCAUAUUCAAAAUGGUUACAGUAACAAAGACAUUAAAAGAAAACAAUUUACUUUCGAAUUAAAAGUUUGUGUUUCUUAAGAAUGAAUCAUGUAGGUAACUUCAUACACUUAAACUAAAAGUGAUUUUCGGCUGGACUGACAACAGUGUUCCAAAUGUCUUUACUUUUUAAAAAAGACAUUUCGCCGGGCGCGGUGGCUCAAGCCUGUAAUCCCAGCACUUUGGGAGGCCG